CGAUUGUGAUUGGUCAAUUUGUUUAUUGCUUACGUCUUACUGCUUAAGUUUUUCUGUGUGUCACAGCCCUUAUUCUGUAAUUAUCUAUAUAAUUAUCUGCACUUUUUGAUCAAUCGAGCCCAUGUAUCGAUAAAUCAAUGUUGGGUAAGUGAGUGAGUGACAAGUGGCCAAGUGUUUGGAACGAUAAACGAGCCGAACCGAGAAACAAAAAUAUACGCUCGUUCAAUUAACCGCAAUUUCUGGGACGAUUAAAACGUGGCGUAGAACGUGCUGUUUACGAUUCUUUGGCUUGCUACUUGCGACAUGCAUCCUUGCUAUAACGCCUAUUAAGGCCUAUCUAGACAAACUAUAAUCACGUAAUAUAUAUGCAUAAAGAAAUCGAGCAAUCAUAAUCCGUGCAAUAAGAGAUGAUCUUAUUCCCCUUGUCCACAACCUUGCUUUAAUCUUUAAGCCGUAAUAAAUUGACCACAGUCGAUUAUUUUAAAAAUAAUCAACUGUGAUUGGUCAAUUUCUUACAGCUUAAGAAUUAAAGCAAGGUUGUGGGUAAGGGCUUAGAUACGUAAUUAAUUAAUUUCCUUGUGCAUAUACGUUAUGCUAUUAUGCAAGUUUGUGUGAAUAGCUCUUUACAGAUUAAAGUUCGGACACAGACUAUAUUCCGAUAUUGACUGCCAAUACUGAAAACCUAUAGUAUACGUGAUAUAAGCUAUAUAUAUAAAUUUUCAGUAGUAGCAGUGAAUAUGGAAACAUAGCCUGGGCACGUAUUAUGGAUUUUUCGGAAUCGAUUCCGAUCGGAAUAUUUCCGUUAUUCUCUAGAUUUCUAUUAUCUUUUCUAGGGAAAACAAAAUUAUUUCGAUCGAAAUUGAUUCCGAAGAGUUCUAUAAUACGUUCCCUGAAGUGUUAGUUUAGCUAAAAGUUGCAAAAAGCAACUCUCUAGCGUCGAAAUCGAAACAUUUUUUACCGAGAUAGAUAGAGAACAGCGGCCUAGUCUACAAUAGCUCUACAAUAACUUAGCCUUAAGCUUUAAAAACUUGACGAAUCACAAUUGAUUAUUCUCCUUACAAGUUUCUUCUCACUACCGCGACUAGCGCCUCCGCGUCGAAAGGACGCGCUGACAACUUCACGACGGUUACUUCGUUUCGACGACAUUUUGAUUCGGCGACAUGCCGGACACAGUGCGAGUGACGAGUGAUCGGUAUCACAGGAUCAUGAAACGUGUCGAUUAGGCUGCGGAAUUGCAAUUAACUGCAUUAUUCUGACCGAUUUGUGUUUGGGAAUUGGAUGAGCGACAAGGGGACGCGAAAUGGGCGAGUGACAAAUAAUCCAGUGUUUGUGAUGAUGCAACGGCCAACGAGAGGACAGCCGACGUCGACGAUGACGAUGACUGGUGUCCGGAAUAGUGCAGCCGGCGAGAGGCAAUGGCUUCGAGAGUUCGUCAGUGAGUCAAUUGUGCGCCGGAUAAUACUCUCGGAGGUCCCCUCGAAGGUCGAUUCGUCCGCACCAUCCCCGGUCCACAGGACGCAGCGCUGGAACAUCGCGACGACAUUGACCGUCGCUCGUAAAUCUUGGAUCGCGCGGGGCACGCGGGCGGACCGAGAGAGCGUUCGCAGGCGCAGCAAAGAGGUGGGAGGGAUGAAGGGUCGGCCUUGAAGGGUUCGGGGCCUGCCAGGCCUACCGAGAGAAGCGGAGCCGACCGCCGGGGGAGAAGGAAGGCUCGUCAGCCCCCCUGAACAAAGGGUCGAGGCCUGGCGCCAGGUCAAAAGCUCGGUCACAAUAGGUUGCCUGCAAAGCUCUGGUUCCAGGGGGUCGGAGGCGGAGGA